AUAAACCAAAUAUCAUAUGGCGUGUUUAUAUGUUUGACUUUAGGACUUGAUAAAGUUAAAGUGCUCUUUUCUAGGCCUUAUUCAUAUUUACUUGUUUGGCGCGUAACGUUAAGGACGAGGUGGCUGUUACAGGAGGGUUGGAAAAUACGUUCAAUUAUAUUCGAGUGCGGAAGUGCGAUACAUCGUGGUAGGUGGACAAUAUGUGAUGUUGUCGUAUCUUAUCAGUUGAUACUUAUUGAGGUUUUAUGAUCUAAUUGUAUUUUCAAGGCUUGGCAUCUAACUAGAACGCGUUUUAAAUGUUUUGGACGAUGAAUUACCUGCGCGGCAUAAGGCAAUAGUCGAUGUCUUUGACUGAUCCAAUAUGCUUCGUAAACCUAAUCAAACACACCGGUUAACGUUAGACAUAGCGCGAUGAACUGCCCUGAAGCCUCUGUAAGAUAUGUAGUAUUCAGGAAGACAUCGGACAAAAAACAGAUGGAUGUCAUUCAAUAUGUGUUUAUGAGGUUGAGGCAGAGAUUCCUAAGCUAACACCGGCGAGGCUAACAGUGAGUGUGGAUCACAGUACGCUAAACACUAUCGCUGUCAACCCUCAAACCUUCUCUCUUGCAGCAUAUGUCCAUGAACAUUUUGAUAUUCGCAUACUGUCUUGUAGUUUGAACUGCAAGCACAUUUCCGAGAAUGUUUCUAACACCGGUACAGCAGUGAUGCAUGCGCUGGGUUGCAUCGCUGAUAUUCUAUUGGUGGACAACUGAAGUCCAGGGAUUUUCUGAUUGGUCCGUGCUGCAUCAACAUUCGCGGCCCAUGCGUGUUGCGAGUGAACAUCUGCAGAUCGGUUUAUGAACAUCAUAUCAGCGCCAUGGUGUGCAUGACAAACUGUCCCACCCUCAUUGUGACUGUGGGCUUGCCAGCCAGAGGAAAGACAUACAUCUCUAAAAAACUCACACGCUACCUCAACUGGAUUGGUGUUUCAACAAAAGAAUUUAACGUGGGACAGUAUCGGAGGGAAUGUAUAAAAAUCUACAAGAACUUUGAGUUCUUUCGGCCAGAUAAUGAAGAAGGGCUGAAGAUAAGAAAGCAGUGUGCUUUGGCGGCACUCAAUGAUGUCAGGCAGUACCUCACUGUUGAGGGAGGUCAUGUUGCCGUGUUUGAUGCCACAAACACAACAAGAGAAAGGAGGAACACAAUCAUGAGAUUUGGCGAACAAAAUGGCUAUAAGGUUUUUUUUGUGGAGUCUGUGUGUGAAGACCCCACGAUUAUUGCUGAAAACAUUGUGCAGGUGAAGUUGGGUAGUCCAGAUUACAUUGACUGUAACACUGAAGAAGCCAUCCAAGACUUUAUGAAGAGGAUCAAAUGCUAUGAGAACAGUUACCAGCCGCUGGAUGAAAACCUAGACAGAGAAUUGUCAUAUAUUAAAAUAAUGGAGGUGGGCCAGCGAUAUUUGGUCAAUCGUGUGCUUGACCACAUUCAGAGCCGAAUCGUAUAUUAUCUGAUGAACAUUCACAUCACCCCACGCUCCAUCUACCUCACUCGCCACGGAGAGAGUGAUUUGAACGUCAAUGGUCGCAUCGGAGGAGACUCGGGCCUGUCGCCUCAUGGAAAAGAGUAUUCUGAGUGUCUGGGCAAGUUUAUUCAGGAUCAGAACAUAAAUGACCUCAAAGUUUGGACCAGUCAAAUGAAAAGAACCAUUCAAACCGCCGAGGCGUUGAGUGUCCCCUAUGAACAAUGGAAAGCACUUAAUGAGAUUGAUGCUGGCGUUUGUGAAGAGAUGAUGUAUAAAGAGAUCCAAGAGCAUUUUCCUUUGGAGUUUGCCUUGAGGGACCAGGAUAAAUAUCGCUACCGUUACCCUAAGGGAGAGUCUUAUGAGGAUCUGGUCCAGAGAUUGGAGCCUGUCAUUAUGGAGCUGGAGCGACAGGAGAACGUUUUGGUUAUUUGUCACCAAGCUGUUAUGCGCUGUCUGCUUGCUUACUUCCUGGACAAGAGUGCAGAGGAGCUGCCGUACCUGAAAUGUCCCCUACACACAGUCCUGAAGCUUACCCCUGUGGCCUAUGGCUGUAAAGUGGAGUCAAUCAGUCUUAACGUGGAGGCAGUAAACACUCACAGGGACAAACCUGAGAAUGUGGACAUCUCCCGUUUGGCAGAAGAGGCACUUCUCACUGUGCCUACUCACUACUGAUCUAUGAAAUCAGAUCCUGUACUUCAGCAACACACCCAGCAGUCUGUUCCAUCCACUCCUCUCAACAGUUUCUGUGUUUUCAGGAACAUUGGGCAGAAUAUGCAUAUUUGUAUGUUCUCUCUCUAUUGUCAGAUAGGUAACUGGAAUCCAGUUAUUAUUGUAUACUAACCCUAAUUUUGGGGUGUGUCGGUUUGUGUUUGCGAUUGAGGUUUGCAAAAAGCAGAUCUGAAAGAGAUACAAUUUCCUGAAUAGUUAUCUUUUUGUAUUUUCUUUUGUUUUAUGCUGAAAAUUUAUUUUUUCCGGUGGGGUUGAAUAAUUGUGGCCUUCCGCCAAUUGGUCAGUGUUAUAAACAUUGGCAAAAUGUUACAUCUCGUUCACACAGGGAGUUGUUUAUAGUUUGGCUGUCAUUAAACACUAAAUGUUACCUGUUGAAAAUCAUGUUACAGGUUUGAAAAAUAACAGCAGAAUUUUCAUUGUACUCUGCAAUAUCUAGAUAUUGCAAUAUCUGCAAUAUCUAAUUAUAUCUAUCCAAUAAAACUGUACAAUCAAUGUAAAGCAUGUGACUUAAUGGAGAAACGAUUUCAUUGCUAAUCAUUUGUUGGCUCUAAUCCCAAUUCAGACAGGUACUUAAUAAAAGAGGCUGUCAAUUCUGAAUGAUACAAAUAUUUGUAAAAUAUUUUGCCUCAGUAUUUGGCUUUUGCAGACAACAAACUAAUGUUUACAAGUCUUGUUUAAGCCUUGUUAAAAUAGCAGGCUUUAUUUGCACAUUAAUCAUUAUUAAACAUACUUUCCUAAAUCAUAUUUUUGAAAUUGACUUGUUUAAAUUUACUUCAUUUUUAGCAUGUUUACUUUUUCAAAUAUUGUAUACUAAUUUAAGAGUGAAUGUUUUCAUCUCUAUUUUUGUUACUGUUUAGGCAAUGGGAUUUUUGGGGAUUGUGAUUUGAACUGCACUUUUGAACAGAGUGGAAGGAGCUCUAUGAAUCAUUUCUAUACGUCUUCCCUGUGAAUAAUAGAGUUAUGCUAAUGUUUGAGGCUCAGCUCUCAGUUAGACGCACCAUGUAAAAAGUUUACCACCAAGUACCAUCAAUAAACCUUAUUCUAAAUGUAA